AUGUCUUGCUACAGCGAGUCCUACAGACCCUGUGGGGUGACCUGCCCUCAGCCAAUUGCCGAGACCUACAAUGAGCUGUGUGUGCAGCAAUGCCCCGACUCCAAAGCAGUGAUCCUCCCACCACCAGCUGUGGUGACAGUCCCAGGACCCAUACUCAGCUCUUUUCCUCAGGAGAGUGUUGUGGGAUCAUCAGGCCCAGCCUGGUUGGGGAGUUCCUUCAGUUCCCAAAGCUCCCUGGGUGGCUAUGGGGGCUCCCUGGGAGGCUAUGGGGGCUCCCUGGGCUUGGGGGUGUCCUCUGGCUAUGGGGGCUCCCGGGGCUAUGGCAGCUCCUUUGGUUUGGGGGGCUAUGGGGGCUCCCGGGGCUAUGUGGGCUCCCAGGGCUAUGGCAGCUCCUUUGGUUUGGGGGGCUAUGGGAGCUCUCUGGGCUAUGGGGGCUCCUUUGGCUAUGGGGGCUCCCGGGGCUAUGGCAGCUCCUUUGGUUAUGGAGAUGACAUGGGCUACGGGGGCUCCCUGGGCUAUGGGGGCCAAUAUGGGUCCAGCGGCUUUGGCAACUGCGGGAGGUCCUACAGCUCUGGCUUCUCCUCCUGUGGCACGGGAUAUUACCUCCCUGGUGCCCAGAGGUGGGGCAGGUCCCGCCGUGGAAGCUGUGGGUCUUUCUAA